GCUGGUUCUUGAGCGGGUGAGCAUAAUACUCUGGUUGCUGGACAAACAGAUUCAUCAUUUUACAGUAGGAGAAAGCCAUAUCCAUAUCUCUGAUCCUAUCUUCGAUAUUUAUCAUUACCACAUCAUUUUUCAGUAUUACACAACCCAAAUUUAAUAUGACAGCAGCUACUGUGAACUUUGUGGAUCCUGUUAUGAAGGUUCAUAAUUUCAUUGACCAUGACAUACAUACAAGCACUAUCUACUUCCGGGUCAUUCAAAUGGACCAAACGCUCUUGCUCUGGGCUGGAACCGAUUCUUCUUUCACAAAUUUGGCAGUCGCUAUGCCUCCACGGGAUGAGAUGUCUAAACAAGGGGUGGGCUCACUACUUCUGGGCGAUUCAUUGCGGUCCACGGGACCAGCACAGCGAUUAGCGAAAUUAACCGGCAAGCAGAUUCAUCUGAGUAUCAAUGUCAGUAUAUCCGACAACGUACAGUUAGCCGAGAAGAUGGUUGAAGAACGCUUCGUCAGGGAAAUGAGGACGCAGCCAGAAAAGUUCUAGGGAUUCUACAUAGAUAAAAGAUUAGUUACAAAU